AUGUCUACUAAGCACUCAUUCGACUCACUUCCACUUCGUAAAGAUGGUCCUGAUGGCAACGCCUGGGGCCUUUUCGGCGACAAGGACGAAUGCGGCAUGCUCAACCUGUUGACUCCCGACAUUGUUGCAAAAGCUGCUUCGGAGAUCCGUGAUGGCGUCCGAGUUUCUACAGAUUGGCCUCUCAAUCGUAUGUCACGACCUUGCUUUGGCCGUGCUCCAUUCAAGCAUGAGAUCACUACAAAGACCCCUCGGGCAGUAAACGACGAUACUUUGACAUUCAAUACACAAAGCAGUUCGCAGUGGGAUGGCUUUCGACAUUAUGCGUAUCAGAAGGAAAAGCUCUGGUUCAACGGGAAGACUCUUGAUGAGUUGUUGUCAACGGAUGUCAAUGGAAUUCAAGCGUGGGUUGAGCGUGGUGGUAUCGUUGGGCGUGGAGUUCUCCUUGACUAUGCAUCAUGGGCAGAUAGCAACAACGUCGCCUUGACCCCCUUCGAUACAAAGUCAAUCACAGUCGAAACCUUGAAGAAGGUUGCAGAAAGCCAAGGAACAAUUAUUCAACAAGGCGACAUACUCUUCAUCCGAACAGGGUGGGUUCGAGCCUACGACAGGCUUACAGACGAGGAGUGCAAGGCCUUGGCAGAUCACAAGGUCCCGCCGGCCCAUGGCGUCGAGUCUUCUGAAGACACUCUUCGAUGGCUCUGGGACCAGGGCUUUGCGGCUGUUGCGGGUGAUCAACCUAGUAUGGAGGCAUGGCCUUGUCAGAAUACGGAUUUCUUUUUACAUGAAUGGCUUUUAGCAGGUUGGGGAAUGCCAAUUGGAGAGCUAUUUGAUCUGGAGGUAUUAAGUAAAGAGUGUGAAAAGAGAAAGAGGUGGUCAUUCUUUUUCACGAGUAUGCCACUCAAGGUGAGUUCUGACGCCUUGUAUCUUACCUUUGAAACUGAUCGAAUUAUGCUUGCAGGUCCCUGGAGGCGUGGCGAGUCCACCGAAUGGCGUAGCGAUCUUUUGAUCAACAGACUCAGAUCUAAGGACAUCUGCCGCAGCCGACAGUUUCUUUACAGCUUUAUCACAUAG